CGGAGUAUCAAAAGCCCCAGAGUAUCCAAAUCCCUGACUUCCUGGACGUGUCUAAACUUAAGUCUUGGCUUGUUGUUGCGCAUCAUGUCGUUAAAAGUACCAAAGGCCAACAACGUCGAGCUCUUUAAGAAUGGCUACAAGCACCUCCAGGGUCUCGAGGAUGCCGUCCUUCGAAACAUCCAGGCAAUUUCAGAGUUGUCCGAUCUCGUACGGACAAGCUUUGGACCAAAUGGUCGUAAUAAAUUAAUAAUCAAUCAUCUUGGCCGACUUUUCGUAACAUCCGAUGCCGCUACCAUCAUCCGGGAGAUCGAAGUCAUUCACCCAGCAGCCAAGCUUCUUGUAAUGGCAUCACAGGCUCAAGAGUCUGAGAUGGGUGACUCCACCAACAUGGUCAUUAUUCUCGCAGGAGAACUUCUCAAAAAGUCUGAAAACCUUCUUGUUAUGGGGCUUCAUCCUAGUGAAGUAAUCAAAGGAUAUGAACUUGCAUGCGCGAAAGCUCUCGCGGAACUUGAAAGCCUAUCAACGUCCAGCCUACCUUCCCCUUUCACCCGGGAAUCCCUUAUUACAGCUCUCAAACCCGCUAUUGCAUCAAAGCAGUACGGUUACGAGGACACGCUUUCAUCUCUAGUCGCCGAAGCCGCACUCGUAGUCAUGCCCAAAAACCCAAAGAAUUUCAACGUCGACAACGUCCGCGUCGUCAAGAUCAUGGGAGGCAGUCUUUCUGGCAGCAAAGUCGUACAAGGGAUGGUGUUUGGUCGCGAACCGGAAGGUAUCAUCAAAAAAGUUUCAGGCGCGAAAGUGGCCGUCUUCACAUGUGCCCUCGAUGUCGCCCAAACCGAAACGAAAGGCACUGUCCUCCUCAAAAGUGCAGACGAAAUGCUCAAUUUUACGCGCGGCGAGGAACAACAACUUGAAAGGAUCUUUAAAGAAAUCGCUGAUUCAGGCAUCAAAGUCAUCAUCGCAGGCUCAUCCAUCGGCGACCUCGCCCUACACUACCUCAAUCGCUUCAACAUCGCCGUUCUCAAAGUCCUCUCCAAAUUUGACCUCCGCCGCGUAGCUCGUGUCGUCAACGCCACACCUCUCGCCCGUGUCGGCGCACCCACCGCAGAGGAAGCAGGCUACGUCGACAUCUUCGAGACGACGGAAAUCGGUGGAGACCGUGUCACUGUCCUCCGUCAGCUCGCUUCUGGCGAGGAUGGGUAUCAGGGACAUACAGAGAAGACGCGCACAGCAACGAUCGUGCUUAGAGGGGCGACGGCCAACCAUCUCGACGAUCUCGAGCGCGCGAUCGACGAUGGCGUCAAUGUGAUCAAAUCACUCAUAAAAGAUCCACGACUAGUUCCAGGUGCAGGUGCAACGGAGCUGGAGCUAGGCAAGCGUGUCGAGGCAUACGGGAGCGGGAUGAGGGGGCUGGCACAACAUGCUGUGAAGCGGUAUGCUACAGCACUCGAAGUCAUACCCCGAACGCUCGCUGAGAACGCCCUGGGAGGUGCUGAGGGCAACGAGGUUCUCAGUCGGUUGUGGGCCAAGCACGAACAGGAGGGCGGCGAAGCCUGGGGUGUCGAUAUAGAGGCCGAACGAGAUGGCACUCUGCUAGCCACCGACUUCAAGAUUCUCGACCCACUGGCCGCAAAACAGUGGGCCAUCAAGCUCGCAACAGAAGCCGCCGUAUCCGUACUCAGCGUCGACAGCAUCAUCAUGAGCAAACCCGCAGGAGGACCCAAAGUCCCUCAACAAGCAAGUAACUGGGAUGAAGAUUAGGACACUGCUACGGGAGUGUUCAGACUGCUUUACAGUAAUUUUGCGCAGACCAGAAAAGGUACAAGUAAUGAAAAUAACAAAUGGAUGCAGCCGAAAAGAACGCUAGGGUGAGCAGCGAGAAAUACUGCGGAGAACGUCGUACUGUACAAUGUCUAUGACAGAUAUCCGCGAAUGGUGAUAGGUGACCCAGAGAACGGGAUGCAAAUGGAUUACGAUGAUGGCAAGGAGUCCGCUGUAGAAUGGGAUUAGGUAUGACCGUAUACAUGGUUUUUGACUGAUCCCCCCGGGCCGCGGCAGGAGAGUCCUAGCUCUCCACAGGGAAACCCUCCGCUACGAAUUUAGGCUAAGCAUGUCAAACUUUCUCUAAUUCAUAUAAAUCUCCAGAUCGCAUGUUUCAAAAGGUGAGACACUAGAAAACUGGCUAACUCGUCAAAAUGCGUGCGACCACCUUAGAAU